ACAAACCCUCCAGCCAACACCAUGGUGCACUGGACAGCCGAGGAGAAGCAGCUCAUCACCAGCCUCUGGGCCAAGGUUGAUGUGGCCACGUGUGGCGCUGAGGCUCUGGCCAGGCUGCUGAUCGUCUACCCCUGGACCCAGAGGUUCUUCGCCUCCUUCGGGAACCUGUCCAGCCCCACGGCCAUCCUGGGCAACCCCAGGGUCCGUGCCCAUGGCAAGAAGGUGCUCACCUCCUUCGGGGAGGCCAUCAAGAACCUGGACACCAUCAAGAAAUAUUUCGCCCAGCUGAGCAAACUGCACUGUGAGAAGCUGCACGUGGACCCCGAGAACUUCAGGCUCCUGGGUGACAUCCUCAUCGUCGUCCUGGCUGCCAACUACAGCAAGGAUUUCUCCCCCGCCUGCCAGGCGGCCUGGCAGAAGGUGGUGCGUGUGGUGGCCCACGCGCUGGCCCACGAGUACCACUGA